CUUGAUCAGUGGGGCUGCCAAUAAAGCCUUCAGCAUUUCUGCCAUUUAUCUCGAACAUCUCAACGCUGGAUUCAGCAUCACUCAUCGUCCCUUCGCCGCGCUUUUUCGUUUGCUUUUCAAGCAGGCCGUUAGCGACUGCGUGAAAAGAAACGAUCUUAAAAAACCGUCCGCUACUCUCUGUCACGUCUUCGUCGCCAUGGACGCGUCAACCCGCGCUGCGCUGUCGCACGCGCUGCAUCCGACCACUCUACUAACAGCGCACAAUCUACGCAGAUCGGUGCGCGUGGCGGCUGCCCCUCAGCCUCUACCUCAUCUCACCACGUCGCGGUCGUCGCGCACGUCGCGAAAGUCGUCCCAGUCAAUGCUGCCGGAGUCGCCGCAGUCGCCGGGAAUCGCAGCUGUCGCCGGGAAGAAGAAGCGGGCGUCGCGCAGCCGCGCGUCGUCGCCGCCGCCUCAAGCCGUCGUUUCCGAUCAAUUCCCCGCAGCAGCAGAGGAGACCGGCAUCAGCGCCGACGCGCACGCGGCGGCGGCGACGGCCGGGGCGGCGGCGAUCGUGGAGCAGAUGUACGAGGAGGUGGACGGGCACAUGGUGCCGGCGCGCAUGCUCACCUUCACCAUCGUCGGCGCGUCAGGGGACCUCGCGCGCAAGAAGAUCUUCCCUGCGCUCUUCGCGCUCUACUAUGAGGGCUGCCUCCCGAAGCGGUUUCAAAUAUUCGGGUACGCGCGUAGCAAGAUGGACGACGCGCAGCUGCGCGAGCUCAUCAGCACCACGCUCACGUGCCGCAUCGACAAGAGCGACGACUGCGGCGACAAGAUGGACUAUUUCCUGGAGCGGUGCUUCUACCACAGCGGACAGUACGACAGCGAGGACAGCUUCGCGGGGCUCGACAAGCGCAUGAAGGAACUCGAGGCGGGCUACAUCGCGGACCGCAUGUACUACCUCGCCAUCCCGCCCAACGUGUUCGUGCCUGCGGCGCGGUCGGUGUCGCUGGCGGCGACGUCCCAGACGGGGUACACGCGCGUGAUCGUGGAGAAGCCGUUCGGCCGCGACAGCGAGUCCAGCGCGCAGCUCACACAGCAGCUCGGGCAGCACUUCACCGAGGACCAGAUUUACCGCAUCGACCACUACCUGGGCAAGGAGCUGGUGGAGAACCUGCUGGUGCUGCGCUUCUCGAACCUGGUGUUCGAGCCGCUGUGGUCGCGCCAGUACAUCCGCAACGUGCAGAUCAUCUUUUCCGAGGACUUUGGCACCGAGGGCCGUGGCGGGUACUUUGACCACUACGGCAUCAUCCGGGACAUCAUGCAGAACCACCUGCUGCAGAUCCUCACGCUCUUCGCCAUGGAGCCGCCCGUCUCGCUCUCUGCGGACGACAUCAUCAAUGAGAAGGUGAAGGUGCUGCGCUCCAUGCGCCAGGUGAAGCUCGAGGACGCAGUGGUCGCGCAGUACAAGGGCCACGUCAGCAAGUCAGGCUGCAAGUACGAGGGCUACACGGACGACCCCACGGUGCCAGACAACAGCAUCACGCCCACGUUCGCAGCAGCGGCUAUGUUCAUUGACAAUGCGCGUUGGGACGGGGUGCCCUUCCUCAUGAAGGCCGGCAAGGCGCUGCACGACCUCAGGUGUGAGAUCCGGGUGCAGUUCCGGCACGUGCCGGGGAACCUGUACCAGCACAACAUGUUUGGCGUGGACGUGGACCUGUGCACCAACGAGCUGGUCAUCCGCCUGCAGCCCAACGAGGCCAUCUACCUCAAGAUCAACAACAAGGUCCCGGGGCUCGACUUCAGGCUCGACCGCUCGCGCCUCAACCUGCGAUACAUUGACAGGUAUCAGCACGAGCUGCCGGAUGCGUAUGAGCGCCUGCUGCUGGAUGCCAUGGAGGGGGACAAGCGCCUCUUCAUCCGCUCUGAUGAGCUUGAGGCUGCGUGGAACAUCUUCACACCGCUGCUGCAGGAUUUGGAGAAGAAACACCUUGCCCCGGAGCUUUAUCCCUAUGGCAGCAGGGGGCCUAUUGGAGCCCAUUACUUAGCGGCUAAGCACAAUGUGCGGUGGGGCGAUCUUUCUUAGGCAAUGGGGGAGUGUUCAGCCAUUUUUCAGCUGGACUGGAUUAGCUUGAAAAAGCAAUCCUAGGUAGGAGUAAGGAACGUGGUGGGAGUUUCCCAUGUAACGUGAGGAAAAUAGUCGUCAAGAAAACUUGUUUCUCCCUUUCAAGGAUUUUAGCGUUUCUGAAGUGUAACACUACACUCGAGGAAGAUCACAACGGGUACGCGAGUCAACGGAGGUUACACGAGGGGGCGGACAAAGAACGCGAAGGGACUCGAAGGGUCGCAACUGGAGGUUAGGACUGA